UGUUUCGAAAGAAAGGGACUAGGGGAGAGACAGAGAGUGAGAAAGGGAGGGGGCGACUUAGCAAGGGACAGAAGUGAAGAAGAAAAAGAGAGAGAGGGAAAGAAAGGAAACCUCGUAAUGUCUCUCGUCUUGUUUUCUAUUUAGUGAAUUCGAGGCGUUUCACAGAUAAUGUCCGAGAAUGUCCAUUUCUGGGACUUUGAGCAACUAUUACGUGGACUCCAUCAUAAGUCACGAGACCGAUGAACUCUCAGCCCAGACUCGCUUUCCCAGCGCCCAAUAUUCCGCCUCGAGCUCCGCUGCGGCCGCGGGUGGGAGGCUGCCCGGUGGCGUUGCUGCGCACACGGAGCAUCCCCAUCCCGAUUCCUAUCCGUCCUGCAGCUUCCAGCCCAAGCCUCCAGUCUUCUCGUCCUCCUGGAGCCCAUUUAAUCCACACCACGGUGCCAGUGGCCUCCCUGCUGUCUACCACCCUUACAUCCCAGCUCAGCACGCGGACACAAGGUACAUACGCUCAUGGCUGGACUGCGCGCCCCGCAGCUCCGAGUCUGGUCCGGUGCAGGGCCAAACGGGGCAGGUCAAGCUGGAGCCACAGCUUGGCCAUCUCGGAGGGGAGAUCCCACCCAAAAUCGGCGGACAGCAUCAGCACGAGACCACAACAUACAUCUUGGAGUCAACGUCCACGACAUCGCGCGAGCUUGGCCACCAUCCGGCCGCCAUCCCGGGAGCAGGGUUCGAAGAAAAUAAGGACAUUUGUGAAGGGAGUGAGGACAAAGACGGCGUGGAUCAAAAUGACCCAUCAGCCAAUUGGCUGCAUGCACGCUCCUCCAGGAAGAAGCGCUGCCCGUACACCAAAUACCAGACGCUGGAGCUAGAGAAGGAGUUCCUGUUCAACAUGUACCUCACGCGCGAUCGGCGGCAUGAGGUGGCGCGCGCACUCAACCUGACGGAGCGGCAGGUGAAGAUCUGGUUCCAGAACCGAAGGAUGAAAAUGAAGAAGCAAAACAAGGACCAACCCAAGGACUAGGGACAUAUACACAGACGCACAUGCAUGCACGCUCACAUCUUCUAUCCAACAUAAAGCCCCUUUGUUUCUCUACAGAGUUCCCAAGAACUGCAAAAAUGUACAUGCACAUUUGCUGCUUCCAGUUUGUUUUAACAUUCCAAGUGAACCAAAAGGGACGCCAGUCUAUAAGUAUGAUCGAUCGCUUGAUCCCGACCAAAGCGCGUAGAGUGAAGUCUUAAGAAAGUCUGAUGUUCAGUAAGCUGGAAGUUUCCUGGAAUUUUUCAGUGGAAACCUUCGGUCUGUUUGCUUGAUGAAGUCAUAGAGUUUGUUGCCGUUACUUCCUCCUUCACAUUAAACUAAUAAUUCUCAUACAGUAAUGCAAUUCGGCUUAAAUAUUAAGUUACGUUAUUAAAGACAAAGCGUGCAGAAAGCCGCCC